AUGUAUCAGCUCGGUGCAUUUCCCGGCGCUGUCAAUGUCGUCGGCUGGACCCUCCUCAAUACCUAUUGUGCCAUCGUCCAGGGUAAUUUCCGCAACAAAUAUCCGGGCUGUCACUCCAUUGCCGACAUGGCGCAGGUCGUUGGUGGUCCGAUCUUGAAAGAAGUAGUUGGAGUUUUGUUCACUAUCAGUUAUGUCAUCGUCGCUGCGUCCGGUAUUAUCGGCGUCUCGACGGCACUGAAUGCGCUGUCACUUCACUCCAUGUGUACAGUAUGGUUCUCGUUGAUUGCGACGAUCAUCAUUGCUGGGUGUGCGAGUGUGCGUAAAUUCUCCCACAUCGGUUGGUUGACCUGGGUUGGAUUUGCCAGUGUCUAUGUCGCCGUCUUCAUCAUCGUAAUUGGUGUCACAGUAAGAGAUCGACCCGCCGCGGCGCCACAGACAGGAGAUUUUGAUUUAGGAUACCGUGCCAUUGGCAAUCCCAGCUUCACGGUGGGCAUCACCGCCGCGGCGACGAUAUUCGUGUCCAGUGCUGCAACAUCAGCAUUUCUCCCCGUGAUCUCUGAAAUGCGCAAGCCCAAGGACUACCCCAAGGCAGUUUAUAUGAGCAUGAGCCUGGUCACUGCUUCAUACCUGACAUUUAGUCUGGUAAUCUACGCCUGGUGUGGCAAGUGGAUCGCAUCGCCUUCGCUCGGCAGUGCAGGAGAGACAGUCAAACGCGUUGCCUAUGGGAUCGCACUGCCCGGUCUCAUCAUCAGUGGCUGUUUGUAUGUGCACGUCGCGGCGAAGUAUCUUUUUGUGCGCAUUUUGCGUAACUCGCGACACCUCCAAUCGAAUACGGUGGUGCACUGGGGAACAUGGCUGAGCUGUACGCUUGGGAUGGCAGCAAUUUCAUUUGUCUUGGCAUGUGCGAUUCCCAUCUUCAACUACGUGCUGGCACUGGUGGGCAGUCUGUGUUUUGCGCCCCUGGCUCUCAGUCUUCCCGGUUGGCUUUGGCUGUAUGGGCAUGGGGAGUAUCUGAAAGGGGGACUGUGGCGACAAAUGAUAUAUGGACUACACAUUUUGUUGGUGUUGCUGGGCGUGUUUAUGACGGUGGGUGGAACAUAUGGGGUGAUUGUUCAGAUCAAAGAGGCGUAUGCGGAUGGAUCAAUUUCGUCGGCAUUUUCUUGUGCCGAUAAUAGUGGGUCGGUGGGGACAUAA